AUGUCAGCAAGGAGGGGUUUGUUUCCAAAGAUAGACCCGUUUCACACAGGGAGACUAAAGGUUUCUGAAAUCCACGAAAUCUAUUACGAACAAUGUGGAAAUAAGGAAGGAAAUCCUGUUCUCUUCCUUCACGGAGGUCCUGGAUCGGGCUGCUGUCCCCGGGAGCGACGAUUUUUUGAUCCUGUGGCCUACAGAAUUAUCCUGUUUGACCAGAGAGGGGCUGGAAAGUCCACACCUGCUUCAGAAUUACGAGAAAACACAACUUGGCACCUAGUAGAGGAUAUAGAACGUCUGAGAAAACACCUUGGUAUCGACAAGUGGGUGGUAUUUGGGGGGAGCUGGGGAGCGACUCUCUCUCUCGCUUACGCCGAGAGACAUCCCAAUUGUGUAAAGGCUCUCAUCCUCAGAGGUAUCUUUGGCUCGACAAGAAGGGAAACUCUUUGGUCUAACCAGGAUGGGGCCUGUUAUAUAUUUCCAGAUGUUUGGGAGGAAUUCCUGGCUCCUAUACCGGAGGGCGAAAGGGGAGACUUGAUGAGUGCAUACUAUAGAUGUCUCACGGGUGUCGACGAGAAAAAGAUGAUCCAGGCAGCCAAGUCCUGGAAUAAAUGGAAGCUAGCCACGUGCAAUAUGUUUGUAAAUGAUGAUAUGAUAAAGAAGGCAGAGGAAGAAAAGCAGCCCCAUCUCUAUCCAAGGAUUGAAACUCAUUACGUUGUACAUGGAGGAUGGCUAAAGACAAAUGAUCAACUUCUGAAAGAUGUGGAGAAAAUUCGUCACAUCCCAGGAACGAUUGUUCAGGGCCGCUAUGAUGUCGUUUGUCAUAUGGAAACAGCCUGGGCAAUUCAUAAGAAAUGGCCCGAGGCCGAUUUGUACGUGGUACCAGACGCGGGACAUUCUUCAAGUGAACCGGGCAUACUACACCAAUUGAUUGAGGCCACGGAAAAGUACAAAACCCUUUGACCUAACUCUUCUGAUCAUUUACUCUUUUCCCCAUUUUAAAACAAUGUAUCUAUCAAUAGGAUAGCAAACACACACUAUCUUUGUCUUUAUGUUAUGAUGAACGUGCAAACAUUUUUUUUAUGGUUGGACUUCAAAUUAGCCUGAUAGGUUAAUUAAUUAUAUUGUAACGCAAGUUUAAGAAUUGUUGAUUCAUGUACGAGUCAAAAGGUUUCAUUCUGUCGCUCGCACGCUUGACGUACUUGUAAAUAUCAGCAAAUCGUUUUUCGUGACAGAAAAUUGCAA